AGACCCCGUCGGAUAUAUCAGCUAUACUAUCUUCGGACUUUUACAUUGGCAAAACAACUUAGGUCUCAGCCUAGGAGCGAAGAAUCCUUGAAAAUGAGUGAUAUCGGUAACCCAGAGCAAGAGGAUUUUGAGGCACAGGUGACUGAUUCCGUCCUUGCCGAUGAAGAAGAAGUCAAACCGACAGUCCAGAAAACAGCCGACAAGGCAAUAGGCAGAUCCAGGUCUCGAUCCACUAGCAAGCAUAAGAGCAGAUCCUAUCGGUCGAGGUCAAGGUCGAGGUCAUACUCAAGGUCAAGGCGAAGAAAGCACCGAUCUCGCAGUCAUGGAAGUCGACAUAGAUCCUCACGUUACAGGGAAGGUCGAAGUCACAGUCGCUCUCCCAUGUCUGACCGACGUCGUCACCAUGGUGACAGGGAAAAUCCUACGGAAUCCUCAUGCCUGGGUGUGUUUGGACUUAGCCUGUAUACUACAGAACGUGAUUUGAGGGAUGUCUAUGAACACUAUGGCACUCUGACCAACGUGAAUGUAGUGUACGACCAUCAGACUGGAAGAUCAAGAGGCUUUGCAUUUGUGAUGUUUGCAAAUACUGGUGAUGCAACUGCAGCUCGUGAAAGUACAAAUGGAACUGAAGUUGACGGACGUCGCAUCCGUGUAGAUUUUUCCAUCACAGAACGGGCCCAUACCCCAACGCCAGGCGUCUACAUGGGCAAGCCUACAAGUAACAAGCGCGACUUCAAUCGGGGGGAGCGGGGAUACCACCCAAGGGGUUACCAUCGCUCCCCGUCGCCCCACUACUACCGACGGUCCCCAUCCCCUUACUACAGGCGUACCCCUUCACCGCACUACUACCGCCGGUCACCGUCCCCCUACUAUCGCCACCACCACCACAGCAGCAGGAGACACCACUAUUACCCCCGGGAGCCCAGGGAGCGAUCCUUCUCACCAAGUCGCUACUAAGAGCAACCAAUGGUUUCUGCCAUGGCCACGUUUUGGUCAGGCCUCAGCGAGCUUGAUCCGUAUUGUGCUUUUGUAACUCGACCAUUUUAGUCAUUUUCAGAAUUUUAAUUAAUUAUUAAUUUACUCCAUUGAAUGUUCCUCUAAAUAUUCAGUUUUCAUCUCAGAUUACAAACUCAUUUUCAAAGUACGUCAUUUGACAUUCAUUGUUUUUCAUUGGAAUUUUUAAUUUUAAUUUUCAGGUGUAUUUAAUGUCUCGUGACAUGUGUUCUAAUAAAAUUAGAAAUUUUAAUAGAGUGAUUCUCCAGUUGAUGCUAGUUUUGCAAGUAUAUUUUUCACCGAAUUAUAAGCACAAGUUUCAUCUAUGGGAUAAUGCUAACAUUUUUCUAUAUUUUAUUUCAAAUUCAGAUUGGGAGAACUUGAUGUGACCUCAAGUCACGAAAGAAGAAGAAAAAAGUAAGAAGAAUUUUUGGAUUGAAGAAGGUUUGAAGAUCAAUCAAGAAAAAUAUUUUGGGGAAGAUGAAGAAAAGAAGAAUUUGGAAGUUUUCUGAGAAGAGAAGAGUUUUUUGAUGGAGAAAGGAAAAAGAAGUUCCCCAGCAUAAGAAAUGCUCUGGAAGCAAGAUAAUGCGAAAAGAAGAUUUAAAACAUACUUUUUAUUGAAGAGUGCAUGUAAAAAUUGAAAUCUGAAGAGAAGUUUCUAUCAAGGACUACUGUAUCAAGACAAAGUUUUUUUCAAGAUAUUUCAAGAUGAAGUUAUCAAAAGAAGUUGAAGAUUACCUGGUAAAAGAUGAAGUUAAGAAAUCGAAGAUUACGUGGUACAAGAUGAAGUUAAGAAGUUGAAGAUUACGUGGUACAAGAUGAAGUUAAGAAGUCGAAGAUUACCUGGUAAAAGAUGAAGUUAAGAAGUUGAAGAUUACGUGGUACAAGAUGAAGUUAAGAAGUUGAAGAUUACAUGGUACAAGAUGAGGUUAAGGAGUUGAAGAUUACCUGGUAAAAGAUGAAGUUAAGAAGUCAAAGAUUACGUGGUACAAGAUGAAGUUAAGAAGUUGAAGAUUACCUGGUAAAAGAUGAAGUUAAGAAGUCGAAGAUUGCGUGGUACAAGAUGAAGUUAAGAAGUUGAAGAUUACCUGGCAAAAGAUGAAGUUAAGAAGUCAAAGAUUACGUGGUACAAGAUGAAGUUAAGAAGUUGAAGAUUAUCUGGUACAAGAUGAAGUUGAGAAGUUUGAAGAUUAACUGGUACAAGAUGAAGUUAGAAGUCAAAGAUAACGUGGAACAAGUUAAGAAGUUGAAGAUUACGAGGUACAAGAGGAAGUUAUCAAAAGAAGUUGAAGAUUAUCUGGUACAAAAUGAAGUUAUCAAAAGAAGUUGAAGGUUAUCUUGUACAAGAUGAAGUUAACAAAAAAAGUUGAAGAUUAUCUGGUACAAGAUGAAGUUAUCUAAAGAAGUUGAAGAUUAUCAGGAAAAAGAUGAAGUCGAGGAGAAAACUGGAAAGAAGUUGAAGAUUAUUUGGAACAGGAUGAAGUUUUCAAAAGAAGUUGAAGAUUGCCUGGUACAAGAUGAAUUUCUGGAGGAAGUUAUCAAAAGAAGUUGAAGAUUAUCUGGUACAUGAUGAAGUUGAAGAUGAAGUUAUCAAAAGAAACUGAAGAUUACCAGUCCAACAUGAGGUUAAAGAUGCAGUUUUCAAAAGAAGUUGAAGAUUACCAGUAGUCCAGUACAACAUGAAGUUAAGGAUGAAGUUAUUUAAAAGAAGAUGAAUAUUAUCUGGUACAGGAUAACGUUUUCAAAAGAAUUGUGAGUUUAUUUGGUACAAGAUGAAAUGAAGAUUGAAUUAUCAAAAUAAGUUGGAAGAUUAUCUGGAACGAUACCAAGUUAUGAAAGGAAGUUGAAGAAUACGUGGUACAAGGUGGAAGUGUAUACAGAAGUUUCUCUGAUAUGGUAAUACUUGCUAGUUGCUAGAUGAAGUUCAAAAUGGAAAGGCAAAAAGAUAACAGAAGAUUACGUAGAAGCACAAGAGAAGAGGUUUCAGCACAAGAUAUUACCAGGUGAAAGUUAGGAAAUACAAGAGGAAAGUUUUCGCACCCUCGUGUAUAUUGUAUUCAAGAAGGACAACAAGUCUUUAACUGGAAGGUUACAAAAUGAAAUACGGUAAGCUGGAAAUAUUUUUUUCACGAGAAUCACAAGAACAGUCAUAUGUGUGUUUGGUAGGUACGUGUCCUUAUUUUGUCAUCUGAAGUGAAGAUGGGAGUAUAGGUUCAAUUUAUUUCUUUGAAGAGAAUGAAUAAAAGAAAGAUAUUGAGGGGAAUAUUUUGAUGUCAUUUUGGUGAACUUUCGCUGCUCUGAGAAUUCAUAAUGCUAAAGCUUUGCUUGUAAAUACAGCAAUUAUUGUAGAGAUGAUAAUAACCAAAAAUAAGGUGCUUGCGACAUUUACAAAUGGCUCUUUUCUUGUCACUAAUUAUAUAACGCAUUCUUUGCCAAAGAUUCCAUGGUUUCUGUUCAUCAAAAGUUUUUUUGUACAUCUGUGAUGUAUCUGCCUCUUUGUUUCCAAUAUUUAAUAUCCUGUUAUUCUUCACCUUUCAUUUUAAAAUUGCUUUAGGUAAAGUCAAGCAAAUUUCUUAUUCUGUAAAUGAAAUGUUCUAAUUGUGUGUAUUGCUCACGUCUGCUAAGCGGUGAUCCUGUACAAUGUGUCUCGUAUGAUAUAUAUAUCGUUUACCCAUUAAUUUCAUCCAAAAAAUGAAAGUUUCUUGAUAUUACCAUUGACUCAUGAUACUUUCCUGUAUCAAAACCAUUAGUCGGUUGUCAUAUCCACAGUUUUCUUUUUCUUCAUUUUUUAAUGAAAUAAAUGGAUAAAAGUUGUACAGUCGUGCGGGGCACAUUGCACAGAAUGGCACCAGAUGUUAUUUUAAUUGUUGACAAGUCAUUUGAAUUGUUGACAAGUCAUUUGAACACUAGCGGAGCCCCAUUGGAACUUAUGUGGUAAGUAUACAUAUCUUGUAAAGAAAACAAGCAUGAAAAUACAAUGUUCCAGUGAUUUAGAUCUGUUUUUCGGCGACAAAAUAUUUUCACCCAGCAGAAUAAGCAAUGACAAAAAGUGAGUAAAAUAUUUUGAUAUUAAUUUGUUGACAAUUACAUCCUUUUCAAUGGAUUUCUAUCCAAUCCCAAUAAAAAUUGAGUAAACAGAUUUAAAAAGAAAAAAAUUCAUCCAUAGGAAGAAAUAAUAAUUUAUUAUUUUUUGUUGAAACAAUAUAUUUGUCUGUUCACUGCAUGAUAAGCCGAAUUAUUACAUAAUGCAACCACAUUUACUUUGAACCAGAAUUGUAAAGUACAGUGGAACCUUCUUAUAAAGGACUUUGUCUUAACUCAUACCUGUAGCAUCAAAGUAAUUUUGCCAACCCCAAUCCUUUGUAUUUUUUAUAACAAUGUAAUUUUCUAUGACAAGGUUUCGCUGUAGUACAGUGGAAUCUCGUUAUAACAAAGUAAUUGGUACCAUGGAAAUUACCUUGUUAUAUCAGGGUUUUAAAAAAUAUAUAUAUAAAGAGUUUGGACCAGCAAAAUUACCUUGUUAUAACAGUUAUCUAGUUAUAUCGGAUCUCUUUAUAAUAAGGUUCCACUGUGCACAUACCUUGAAUGUAUUUUACCAUGAAACAAACUUCAAAAUGAAUGGCUGCGGAUGAUCAGGAUAACAUUCUUUCAACACCUUGUCUUUGGAGUGAGAGGAAAUACCUGUCAACAUCGUUGGAUGACCACAGAACUUGCAGAAGCUGCCACACUAUGGAGCAGCAUGCCAACAAGAAGAUGGAAUACUUGGACUCAAAUUGAAGACUUUAUUUCAAGAUGUAGGAAUAUCAGUCAAUGGGAGGAGUUGUUUUAAUAA